GCACAUGGUCCUACUCCCAACCGACCUCUAGUCUUCUGUAGCAACCACAAGUCUCCGCCUCUCUCUCACAGCGAUAACCCGAUCCCCACUCACUCCAACUCCCCUGCCACCGCCAUCCUCCUCCAUAGCACUUAUUCCACACGUUUGUCUCAGCGAUAAGCCACCUCUUUACGCAAGCGAUUUUAGAACUUUGGCCCGAAGAGAGAGAAAAAAAGGAUAAAACAACCAGAAAAGUGAAGAUAAAAGCGAACCAAAUACGUUUUAUAUUGCCCAGAUUGUUGGCCACGGCGGGGUGGAUAAAAGCAGGCUGGAAAAUACCAUAUGAUGUGGAUCUGGUACCUCUUGCUUGGUUCGGGGACGGGCUCAAGCUUGGUUGAGAGCCAGCUCCUUCCAGGGAACAACUUCACCACAGACUGUAACAACCCAGGGAACUUCAUGUGUGGGGACGGGAAGUGUAUCCCAGGGGCGUGGCAGUGUGACAGACUGUCCGACUGCUUCGACAAGAGUGACGAGAAAGGCUGCCCCAAGAUAAAGUCCAAGUGUGCUCCGACGUUCUUCGCCUGUGCCAACGGGAUCCACUGUAUCAUCGGGCGGUUCCGUUGCAAUGGCUUCAGUGACUGUCCUGACGGGAGCGACGAGAAGAAAUGCACAGGUAACCCGCUGGUGUGCAUGGAGGCCCGCUUCAAGUGUCGUAACGGGCGCUGUGUGGACCGCAGUUUCCUGUGUAACGGACAGGACAACUGUCAGGACAACAGUGACGAGGAACACUGUCUCACCACCGCAGAAGCUCCAGGCCAGGACUUUGUAACCUUGGACUACCGCAACUACCCCAGCAUCACCUACGCAGUCAUCGGCAGCGCUGUCAUCUUUGUCCUGGUGGUGGCGCUGUUGGCCUUGGUUCUGCACCACCAGAGGAAGCGCAGCGUGCUGCUGCCCCGGGAGGUCCGGUCCUCCUACCACCACCACCACCAUCAGCCCCUGCUGCUAUCCCGCGUGGUCAUCCUAGACCGGGGACACAUCCACCCAGCUGGCCCUGGCCUCUCCCCCACCUCCCCGUCUGCAGAAUCCCAGUUCAGUGCAGGUCCACAAGGGCUACAUAUGCUGUCUAGGACCCUCUACCCUGCUGACGUAUCCAUGGACUCCGCCACCCUCCUACUCCCAGGCCGUGCUGGAUACGGGGAGCUGCCGUCAGAAGGAGAGCUGCCCCAGUAUGAAGCCCCCACAGAGCCCUCCACUCAGCCCAGCACACGUUCCUCUGAGCCCCCCACACCCAGAACUGUGGCCCCAGGCAUGUCCUGGCCUAGCUUCAGCUCCAGAGAAGAGUCGGACUAG